AUGAAAAACCGAAAGAGAACAACUGUCGAUUCCACGCCGAGCGAGGGUUUACGACCCCCCAAAAUCGAUACGGAACCACGUACACAUGAUUUUCCUUCCACCGCAGGCCCUUUAAGCCGUUCCAAUCCACAACCAUCGUCUUUAGCGCCUUCGAAAGGUGCUCUUGGAAAACGACAGCGCGGUGAUCAGCAUUAUAUCGUAUGUGCUUGCCUUGCAGGGGCCUGCGGUGCUCUCUCAGGCGUGGUUGGUAAACUCGCCGUGACCUCCACCAACGCCCCGGCGCUUGCGGAUUACACACUCAAAACGCUCGAAUUUUAUAACGCGUAUUUACCUAUUUCGGGUGUUUCCUCAACGAUUCGGUCGGAACGGAUGGUAUCCGUGCUGUCUUGGCUGCUGCGUAGUGUGUUUUUCAUCGCCAACGCCUUCUUCACAGGGCAGAUGUGGCGCUAUUACCUAAAGGCGCUCUCGGCGGGCUCCACACCGGUAUGCCAAAUUCUCAAUACAGGCACGAAUUUCGCGGUGAGUGCUUUUAUAGGGAUUUUAUUUUUUCUAGAGGAAGUGAAUGUAAUGUGGGUAUGCGGGGCACUGAUGGUGCUUGCUGGGCUCGCACUCAUUGUCAUGGAUCCUCGAGCCUCUCCAUCGCAAUAG